GGCCCCCGCGCUCUCCUCCCCUCAUCACUCCGGGGGCGUUCCUGGCGUCUCGUCUUCCCCUCCCACUCCUGGCUCUGUCGGCUUUCGACUCCCUCACCCUCGGCCCCACCCGCCCUGGGACAGGCGCGAGGCGUGGGCGCAGGAUAGGAAGCCGGAGCGGGACGGGACGGUGGCAGCCAGGUCCUGUGGCUGGGGGCGUGCCCCCCAAGCCCACGUGUCACUCCACCCCUUCUCCUCCGAAAGGAAAGUCUUCCGAGGAUAGCCCCACGAGCUGGCUCCAAUCGUCCUCUCCCCGCGCCGGUGCAGAGAAGCCCCUCUCCCCGUCCGUUCAGAUACUGGGGUCUUAAACUCACACGUCGCUCCACGGCAGGCGGUGCGAGGAGCCUCACGUGUCAUUAGAGCCGAGGAGAGGCAGGUUGGAGGAGUGAAUGAACCGCUUUAGCGGCAUCGCGCCGGGACCAGGGGCUGAGGACGGAAGUCCCACCUCCAGGAGCCUCGCCCGCAGAGGAGCCCCGCCCCAGAGCCGUAGCCACGCCUGUCUCCUAGCAACUGUAAACAGAAGUGCGCAGCUUCGACCCCCGGGCCUCCCAGCCUGGGCGGAUCGACUUGCACCCUCCGAGCCUUCUCGCCUGGCGGCUGUGCAGCGGGUGUACGAGCUGGCUGACGCCAGGGUCUGAGCCCAGGGUGCUGUCCAGCGCAUCGCGUCGCAGCCAGGAGUGCCGGGCCUGUGGGUGCUCUGUGGAAUGUCCCUGCACGCCUGGGAGUGGGAAGAUGAGGACAGGGCGAGCAUGGGGCCCAUGUCCUCCAUGGGCAGCUUUUACCAGUCUGGCAGUGAGUGGGACACGGAGGAGUACCUGAAGGUCAGAACACAAGCCCGGGAGUCGGAUUCCGACCACCCGUGUAGCAAGUCCUCACAUGGGCCUGCCGACAGCUUCCAGUCUGAUGUGCCCCAGGCUGUCCCCUGCAAGUUCGUCAUCUCACUGGCCUUCCCGGUGACUGCUGGUCAUAGAGGAAAACAUACAUGUUUUAUUGAAAAACAUAGGAAACACUCUCGAAUGGACAAGCAUGCUUCCAAGGCUCGCUGUUACUACCACAUGGAGUAUUUCCUUCUGCCGGAUGAUGGAGAGCCUAAAAAGAUUGACAUGGUGGUGUUUCCAACGGUGGCCAAAUUGUUUCUGGAUUCAGGAGUAAAGACGGUGAGGCCGUGGCAGGAAGGGGACAAAAUCUGGGUGUCAUGGACCCAAACUUUCAACAUCAACAUGACGAAGGAAUUACUAAAGAAAAUAAAUGUUCACAAAAUCACCUUGAAGGUCUGGGACACCAAGGACAAGGUUUCAAGAAAAGUCAGGUAUUAUCGGUUAAAGACUCCUGCAUAUUCAGAAGGCUCAGGAUCUUUUGAGGAAGUGAAAAAUUUGGUUUUAAGUCAGAGAAGAUUGUGUGAAGAGGGUGCACACAUCAGAAAGGAGUGGAACCAGGAGCAUGCACCAGAAAAAGCAGAAAAGGCAGGAAAACACAUAAAGCCUUCGCAUGCAGAGCCUGAAACUUUUUCCAAGAGGUCCGAGGAAUAUGAAAAGGCACUCCGAAUGGAUGAUCUUGGCACAGUUCGAUGGAGUACCUCAAGAGAACCAACUGUUUAUUUGGAGACAGCACCUGGGAUGGAGAUGAAGGAAUUAAUGGAGAGAUCAUUUAGCAGUUUAACAAACAUAGUAGAAAAGCAAAAAUUUCAAAGUAAAAGGAAAGAGUCAGAGGUGAAAAAGAAGAGCCAGAAGAGAAAGAGGAAAUCUCGAGUGGAAGACAGUGACUCCAAGGGGGCAGGAAACUGGAAGCACGGAGCUUUCUCUACCGAACUGGUGCUGAUGCCGCUCCUCGCAGGAUGGCAAACUGUCAUGAGUUGUGGCUGUUGGAAGUCUGCCAGCAUUUUAGAUUGUUAUUUGAGUUUUAAAACAGAAGUUCCUAUCAUGACUGAGGAGCAAAAGCAGGAUUUAAACCCUUUGACCAUAAAGAUCAAGUGUGUUUCCUGCCUUCCAUCACAACCUGUGCCAAUCCAUGAACUAGAGAGGCUGUGCACCCCCGUGUACUGCAAGUACAAGUUCUUUAAGACUCCAGUUCACAAGACGGAGGGGAAGCCCCAUGGAGUACACAUCUACUUCCAGGACAUCAAUGUCAUCUUUCUUGGGCCAAUGCAGCCCAGUGACUUGAGGGAAUAUCUGGAGGGGCCUCCCAUGGUUGUGGAGGUUCACGACAGGGACCGCAAGUUAGAAGAGUAUUCCCGGAAGCCCACCCUAUUUGGGGAUGACCCCUUGGAUUCACACCUCAACCUCCAGGCCCUCAUCUCUCCGGAAGAGACCGAGAACAACCCCUUUGAAUCCCAAAACAAGAUAUGGGACCCUUAUGGGGUUGCCAAGGUCAGUUUUGCCGACCUUCUCCUUGGCCACAAGUACUUGAACUUGGUUGUCCCCAUCCACAGGUGUGAGCCCAAGCCCACACACCAUGGCCGGGAUGGCAGGAGCAGGAAGGUUGUGGGGUUUCGGGUCCCCACAGAUGGCUUUCAGCACAGCUCAGUGCCCAUGGGCAACUACCUUGAAGCCAACUCCCAGCUCAAGCUGCGGGUGGACAUUGCAGUGCCACUGCGGGCCAGCGCCGAAGCCCCUGACCCUGAACUUACAGGCACCCUGUUUGGCCGCAUCAUUUUCGUGUUUGACUCCAGAAAGAUCUCCCUCCUCUCCAGCCUGCUGCAGGACAUCUCCAUGAUCAAUGCCAAGGCCCUUGAUCUGGACGCCUACUCUGCUGGGAACAUCCAGCAGAUUCUGUCUGCCUUUAAGAUGCACAUGAGGAUCCAGGAAAGGCAGGACCUGGAUGUGCUCACUGGCUUCCACCUGCUGGAUGGGAAGAUCCAUCUUCUCAUUCUGGAAGGUUUGGCUGACCAAGGUUUAAAGCGGCUGUGGGACAGCCAUCAAAGCCGAAACACCAAAGCAGAACACGGGAAAUGCAAGGUGCUCUACAACUCCGCGCUACUGUUUCGCCACCGCCUGUACGCAGACCUGGAGACCGUCCUGUACCAAGUGCACCUCUUCAAGCCGCUGUCGCAGCUCAUGAAGCACUCGGUGCUCUACGUCCGCAACACCGUUCCAGAGAAGACCUUUCAGGCCCUGACCAGGAUCUACUGCAUCUGCUAUCACAGCAGCAAACUCAGGGAGGUGAUCACAGGAGACCUGCUGCCAUCCUCCGCCAUGGUCAAAGACUUGAGCCAAGAGCUGGGGCUGCCCAUUUUGCAAGAAGGCCUCACAGAUGGAAAGCCGUCGGUCUUGCCAACUCCUCCCACCCCCAAUCUCGAGGACUUCCGAGGUCAGAAAUCCGACCUCGCUUAUGAGAUCCAAGCCCACCAGGAGAAGUAUCUGCGGUGGCGGAACGCCAUGGUGCUAAAGAACAGAGGCCAGGAGCGCAGCCUGAUCCAGAAAAAUAUUGCCGGGGUCUACCAGGUCGGCAAGAAGCCUCCGAAGUCUGUGGUGAAGGUGAUCAGAAUCGCAGCGCCUGCCAAAGACGCGGUUUAUAACUACAGCAUCCAGACCCUGAAUUCCACACAGCUGGCCAAGAAGGAGCUGUAUCGAGAGAUGGCCAAGGAGCCAAGGAAGAGGUUCACGUACUCCCAGAAUUACCUCUCAGCCAUGGUGGAGCCCCAGGACUCUGAGGAAGAGGAAAAGAAAGCCAAGAAGCAAUCCCGCCAGGCCUGGCUCACGGCCAACGGAUUCCAACUGACAGGUCUUCACAAAAGCACCGAAAGCGACCGUCACAUCAGGCUGCCGCCCGUUGGCAUGGUCACAGAGCUGAAUGAGGAGUGGAGGGAAAACACACCGCUUGCUAACGUGAUGGAUCGAAGGAGGUGGACGUGGGACCGGCGCCACCAGGACUUUGACCUGUACGGGAGGCCACCACUUUUCUUUGAGCUGCCCCCUUCUCCAGUGCUAAAGCCCAGAACAGGUAAGAGGCCUUUGCGGGGCCGAGCCUCCCGAUGCCAUGGGCAGUUGGGAACUCUGCUGCUGUGCGUUUGUGGCAAGAUCCAUUUCGCUUUAGCUGCCCAGACUUUCUGAGAGUCAGAUUUGGGUUUGGCGUUAGCGGGCUGGGUGAAAACUCAGGGGCCCUGGAUUCUAAUUCCAGCUGUGAUGCUAACUUGCUGUGUGACGUUGGGCAAGUCGCUUCACUGCUCUGGGUCUGGUUUCUUACAAAACGCAGACGUUGGAAGAUAGGCCUAAGGGCUUUCUGAGCCCCAACACACAUUACCCAGGACCAGAUGCCUGGCCAGUGGCUGGGGGCAGGGGCUCUGGGCACCUCUGGGACCUUCUGACUCCCUUCCUAUUCCAAGAUGCUGCCAUCCCUCUCUGGGGGAGGGAGGGAGCCUAGGAGCAUGGCUCCCUCUCACCCUGUUUAUGAAGAUGGGCCUCAUUUACAGGUUAACAGAGAAUCCAGACUUGUUCGUUGCCAGAGCCUUUGCUCAGGGAGAGAGAGGAGAGAGAAACUCCUCUCUGGUUUGCCAGAGAAACCUUUCUCAGAAAGCUAGACCAGAGAGAUAAAAUGGAUUUCUUUCUUCCUGCAAGCCCUGAGGGCAGUGGGUAACAGCUCUGAGAAAACAGGAGGAAAUGCUGGCAGGCUGCUGAAAUUGGCCACCCUCCUGUCUGGCCCUUGCUGCCUCCCUCCAGAACAGGCUCUGGGGCUGCGUGAAGGUCUCCUGGCCCGGCCCAGCGAUGCCAGGCCCCACUGCAGGCCUUCCCAAGCCACGUUCCCUGGGCGCGGUGGGUAGCCAGUGCCAGCUGACAGCAGGCCACAGACGCACGCUGGGGCCUCUCCUCCCCACAAUGUGUUUAAGGAAAACUCGGAAACGGCAGGUGGGAAAGGGAGAUUUGAACCGGGGGCCCCAGCCUUUGAAACUCAGCUGGAUGCAGAGAACCAGCUGCUUCCAGGGGCGACCAUGACUCCAGGCCUACAGUGAAGCCCCCUUUCCCGAGGGCUGCCCUCGGGGCGGGAGGUCUGAACAGAUGCUUCCCUGGCAAAGGUGCUCCAUGCAGCCUCCGGUCCUGGCACUAUACUAGAAGGUUAGUACUCUCCAUUUUGUACAGAAUGCUUCCCUGCGAACAAAACACUAAGAACGUCAGGUUUCACUGGAAAGUCGCGUCCAAUGUCACAAGAUUUGUAAACUUUUACCUCUUGAAGAUUAGUUCCCCAAACCCUGGUGGAGUGCUCAGGCCAGCCGUCCGCGCAGACUGACUUGAAGGGAAAGGGAAGGG